GUAGAAUUUGUUGGAUUCAGAAUCGAAUAUUGGUUUACUUGUGGAUAGACACAACGAAGAAAAUUUAAAGGAUGUGAAGGUGGUACUUGGUUGUGGAGAUCAUUGAUGCUCAUGAUCUUAGUGCAUUUGUAGAACAGUAGAAGUACACUUUGAAAACCAACUAAGCAGAACCAGAACUGUCCCAAAGAACCUCAACCCCACUUAGAAUCACAAACUGUUAUUCCAUUUGGAUGCAACCAAGCCUUGGUCUACCACGAGAGGAGAGACCUAUUCCAGGCCAAAAAUUUCUUGGAAGGGAAAGAAGUCCUUGCUCUAAUCUUGUUAAGAAAGGUGAGGAAGUUCAUCAAACUUACCCUUUAAAGAAAAAGUUUCUCUUCUGUGAAGGGUGAGAGUAGCCUUAAAGUCUAUAUUGCAUCAUCAUAGUCCAAACCUAAAGCUUCUUCUUCCUUUCCACUUCAGAACUAGAAAAUCUCUCAUCUCCAACUUCACCAAAAGUACCAGAAUCCAAAUCCAAAUCCAAAUCCAACAUUACUAACCUUCCUCUUUGUCCUCCCCCAAACACAGAAAUAUUGACCUUACUAACAUAACAUCAGAAGGUGACCCCAAAGUUGAAGGUGCUGAAUUUGACACCGCAAAAACAAUCACAGAAGAAGCUUAGAAUGUAAACUCAGCUGCAUUGGCAAAUUUCGACAUUUCAGUCUAGUGGCAUUGAUGCUGAUCAAAAAUCAAGAUCCAAAAGAGGAAAGCAUAUAGAUAACAAAACAACUACACAAAGAACAAGUUCACCCGCAGCCAAUGAAUUCAAUAAAAAGAAGACAAAGAGGUGCUCCAGUCACAAUGCACUCAGUUGGCCCUCAAGUCCAUCCUAGUAGCCAAGCCCAAGAUGAAGACUACAAUCUGAGGGAGACCGAUCCACAGCUCGGGGAGCGGUGGCCUAAUGCAAGAAGAGGGUGGAUGAGUGGUGGUGAAAGAUUCUCAAGCACACAUGACCUUGUUGAGCAGAUGUUCUAUCUGUAUGUUAGGGUGGUGAAAGCCAAAGAUCUUCCCCCAAGCAUUCUCACCUCAAGCUGUGAUCCUUAUGUGGAAGUGAAGCUGGGGAACUACAAAGGAAGAACAAAGCACAUAGAGAAGAAAACCAAUCCGGAGUGGAACCAAGUCUAUGCUUUCUCUAAAGACAGAAUUCAAUCUUCUAUUUUGGAAGUCAUUGUGAAAGACAAAGAUAUGGUGGGAAGAGAUGAUUAUAUUGGAAGGGUGGCAUUUGAUCUAAAUGAAGUUCCAACCAGAGUUCCCCCAGAUAGUCCACUGGCUCCUCAGUGGUACAGACUCGAGGACAGGCGAGGAGAAGGGAGGGUAAGGGGUGAUAUCAUGCUUGCAGUGUGGAUGGGAACUCAAGCUGAUGAAGCUUUCUCAGAGGCUUGGCAUUCUGAUGCCGCAACUGUGUAUGGAGAGGGUGUUUUCAAUGUCAGAUCAAAGGUUUAUGUGUCACCAAAACUAUGGUAUCUAAGGGUGAAUGUCAUUGAAGCACAAGAUGUGAUACCAAGUGACAGAAACCGCCUGCCAGAGGUUUUUGUCAAGGCUCAGAUGGGGAGCCAAGUGUUGAGGACCAAGAUAUGUCCAACUAGGACAACCACACCACUUUGGAAUGAAGAUUUGGUUUUUGUGGCAGCUGAACCAUUUGAGGAGAUGUUGACAAUCACUGUGGAGGAUCGAGUGCACCCUUCAAAAGAUGAAGUACUAGGGAAGAUAACCUUGCCAUUGACCCUCUUUGAGAAGCGGUUAGACCACAGACCGGUUCAUUCGCGUUGGUUCAAUCUAGAGAAGUUUGGUUUUGGAAUGAUGGAAGCUGAUAGGAGAAAUGAGCUUAAAUUUUCAAGCAGGAUUCACCUAAGAAUUUGUCUUGAAGGUGGCUACCAUGUCCUUGAUGAGUCCACUAUGUAUUCUAGUGACCAAAGACCAACAGCUAGACAGCUAUGGAAGCAGCCUGUUGGAAUACUUGAAGUAGGCAUCUUAGGAGCCCAAGGACUCCUCCCAAUGAAGAUGAGGGAUGGCCGCGGCAGUACCGAUGCAUACUGUGUUGCCAAGUAUGGCCAAAAAUGGGUCAGAACCAGAACAAUUCUUGACACUUUCAGUCCAAAAUGGAAUGAGCAAUACACAUGGGAGGUUUAUGAUCCUUGCACUGUGAUAACACUUGGUGUUUUUGACAACUGCCAUCUAGGUGGAGGGGAAAAAGCUACUAGCGGCACUGCAUCCAGGGAUUCAAGAAUUGGAAAGGUAAGGAUUAGGCUCUCAACACUUGAAGCUCAUAGGAUAUACACUCAUAGCUACCCCCUUCUUGUUUUGCAUCCACAUGGUGUCAAGAAAAUGGGUGACCUUCAGCUAGCAGUGAGGUUCACGAGCCUCUCACUGGCUAACAUGGUUUACAUUUAUGGCCAACCCUUGCUUCCAAAGAUGCAUUACUUGCGCCCUUUCACCAUUAACCAAGUAGAGAGUUUGAGGUACCAAGCCAUGAACAUUGUGGCAGUGAGGCUUGGAAGAGCUGAACCUCCCCUCAGGAAGGAAGUGGUGGAGUACAUGUUGGAUGUUGAUUCCCAUAUGUGGAGCAUGAGAAGAAGCAAAGCCAACUUCUUUCGCAUCAUGUCACUUUUCUCUGGCAUCAUCACAAUGGGGCAAUGGUUUAGCCAAGUUUGCCAUUGGAAGAACCCCAUCACAUCAAUCCUAGUUCACAUUCUCUUCCUCAUACUCAUUUUCUACCCUGAAUUGAUCCUUCCAACUUUGUUCCUCUACAUGUUCUUGAUUGGCCUGUGGAACUAUAGGUUCAGACCUAGACACCCACCCCACAUGGACACAAAACUCUCAUGGGCAGAAGCAGUUCACCCUGAUGAGCUUGAUGAAGAGUUUGACACAUUCCCAACUUCAAGAUCACAUGAUGUGGUGAGAAUGAGGUAUGACAGGCUUAGAAGUGUUGCAGGAAGGAUUCAAACAGUUGUAGGGGACAUAGCAACACAGGGAGAGAGGUUUCAGUCUCUACUGAGUUGGAGAGACACCAGAGCAACCAGCCUCUUUGUUGUGUUCAGCUUUUGUUCAGCUGUGGUUCUCUAUGCAGCACCACCGAGAGUGGUGGCUAUGGUAAUAGGUUUGUAUUAUCUGCGGCAUCCUAAGUUUCGUAGCAAACUUCCUUCUGUACCUAGCAACUUCUUCAAGAGGUUACCAGCAAGAACAGAUAGCAUGCUGUGAAACGUAGUUUUAAGACUAAGUAUGGAUUUUACUCAUUUUAGUCAUUUCGUGUAGUUUAUUUUUAUUCAAACAGUUGUUCACACGAUGUAACUUAACAUAAACGUUAGACCCCAGAUUAAGAUUAGCAUCCCUGAAUUAUCCUUUGUAAAAAUCGAAAUGGGGGUUAUAUGUAUCAUAGAUUUUCAGUUCUGUAAAUUUAUCUAGACAAUAUCAAUGAUAACCCGGGGGUCUAAUCACGCAAAUUGCUAGUUGCAAGUUUGAAAUUCAGUUAAA